AUGGAAGGUGAGGUGGCCGAGCUGAAGUCAAAUGCGGACAAUUUAGCGCAAUGUCUGCAUGCGCUCCUCAAACGGAUUGAACAACUGGAAGGCUCAGCAGCGAUACCGAAGCUUGAUACAUCUUACAGAAUACGUCAAUCAGCAUCUCCACCAGAGAGCGUUAAUGAAGCAAUCGAUGGACUUCUCAAAACAUCUCAAAAAGAGGAACAUGAGUCGUCCGUUGAUGCACCAGAUCCUGACGUACAGUAUUAUGAUGUGGAUGAUAAAAAUGUAAGUGUAGGAGAGAUGCAGGUAGUACGCAAUGAGACGAUAUCGGUCGAUCCGGAGACGGGUCUCAAGAAGAGAACGGUUGUGACCGAGCGAGUGCUAACCACCAAAACCUUCCAUGCGAUCGCAGUUGAUGGUGAACCACUAGUGAACGGGCAUCUACUUGCAUCUGCGUAUGAAGCACGACUGGUCACUCUGCAACGUUCACCGUUCGAAGAAGUCGACUUCGAUCGACUCUGCGGUCAAAUUGUAGUCACUCGUGUACGACCAGAUUCUGAACUAUCAAAGGAUAUUCAUGCAGGCGAUACGAUCGUAGAGGUGAAUGGAGAGCCAGUUUCGGACGUCAAGAACCUGAAUUCCCUUGAGGGCCCAGUUUCGCUAAAGCUCGUUCCAACACCACUCUAUCAAGCACCAUCUGUUUUCUACCGAGCUCUGACUGACUAUAACUCAGAAGUCGAUGAGAAUCUUCCACAAAAGUGGGCUGGACUAAAUGUGAAGAAAGGUGAAAUUAUUCAAGUGAUUAGCAAAGACGACAGUUGGAUGCAGGCACGUAAAGUGAACGACAUUUCACGAGUGGGUUUGGUACCAGCGAACCAACCGAUUGAACGGGUUGGUAUGCUCACUCCGUAUGGACGUCGAGUACUGGUGCUGCUUGGAGUACCUGGUGUUGGUAGACGAACGAUUAAGUCGAUGCUUCUUUCACAAUUACCACAAUACUUUGCCACCGUUGCUCCAUUCACAUCUCGUGCACCAAAGAGCGGUGAACAAGAGGGCCGAGAGUAUUACUUCCGUACAAAAGAAGAACUACUUCAAAAGAUUCGUGCAGGUGAUAUGAUCGAAUGGGGUGAACUCGAUAAUCAUAUUUAUGGAACAAGUGCUGAAACAGUACGCGCAUGUGUACGUGGUGGACGUGUGUGUGUGUUGGAUUGUGCACCGCAGGCACUGAACUAUUUAUAUAACGGUGAAUUUAUGCCAUUCGUGGUCGUUAUCGCACCGCCAGAGUUGGAAGAGUUACGUCAAAUUAAUUCGUUGAGAUCGAAUCCUCGAACUGAAGAGCAAAUGAAGACAACCAUUGAAGAAAAUAAAAAGCUUAUGUCGCGUGAAUAUGCGAAAAUGUUCCAUUUAGUAAUAACAAACAGGAAUACUGACGUCACAUUCAAGAGGUUUGCAUUUUUGCCGUUCACGCUCUAG